AUGCCCAUCCACUUUCCCAAAAAAUCACCUUCGCGCCCGAAUCUCAAUCAUAACCAUCACUCCUUCUCAUAUAUCGUGGAUCAGGUCCUCGAUGUCAUGAAGCACUUCACACACGAGCGCGAGUCGGAGGCGCACCAGAUCUUUCGGCAGCAGGCGGGCCACAAACCUAAGGGCGUCUUUCCACAGACCACGAACCCAGACGAGGAGACUGUGCCGGGUAUCGAGCAUCCUGGCUCGACCGGUGUCAUCUACUGCUCGGAUCGCGCAAUGGCGAAUGGCUUCACAUACGCUAACGCCCAUGAAUGGGCAAACCUUGGCCAGGGCGCGCCUGAGGUUGGUCCAAUCCCUGGAGCUCCAACACGCCCGCUCGCCAUCCCCAUGCCUGUCGAUUCAUUAGAGUAUGCUCCAACAACAGGCGUCAAAGCUCUCAGAGAGGCCGUAGCACGCCUCUACAACGAGACCUACCGCAAGGGAAAGUCUAGUCAGUAUACCUACGAAAAUGUCUGCAUCGUGCCUGGCGGCCGCUCCGGUCUAUCUCGCGUCGCUGCCGUCGUGGGUGAUGUCUACUGCUCUUAUCAAGUCCCUGAUUAUACCGCCUACGACCAAGUUCUCAGCGCGUUCAAACGCCUUGUUCCUGUGCCCACUGUCCUCGAAUCCAAGUCGAAAUACCGUCUAGAUAUAGAACAGACCAAAAAAGACAUCAACACACUAGGUCUCUCCGUCCUCAUCGCUUCCAACCCUCGUAAUCCCACUGGUCAAGUGAUCAAGGGCAAUGAUCUCAAGGAGCUCGUGAGCCUCAGCAGAGAAGGUAGCACACUCAUCCUCGACGAGUUCUAUUCAUGGUACAUUUAUCCCGACAACGAAAAAGAUUUCGGCAAGUCGAUUUCGUCUGCCGAAUACAUCGAAGACGUCAAUAACGACUCGGUGGUCAUCAUCGACGGUUUAACCAAGAACUGGCGUCUCCCAGGCUGGCGUGUCUGCUGGGUGGUAGGGCCCAAGAAUCUCGUCACUGCCCUCUCACAAUCUGGCUCCUUCCUCGAUGGCGGUGCCAACCACCCUCUUCAACUUGCUGCCCUCCCCCUCCUCGAUCCCCAAUACAUCCGCCAAGAGAAAAUUGCUCUCCAAAAGCACUUCAAAAUGAAACGCGACCACGUCCUCGCCCGCCUCAAAGCCAUGCAUCUUGAAGUCGAUAUUCCCCCCACCACAACCUUCUACGUCUGGCUCAACCUUGAGAAACUCCCGCCCCCAAUCAACAACGGGCUUACGUUCUUUGAGGAGCUAUUGAAGGAGAAGACGAUCGUUAUUCCGGGUAUCUUCUUCGAUAUCAACCCUGCGCACAGGAGGAAUCUGUUCAACUCGCCGUGCCAUCCGUAUGUGCGCCUGAGCUUUGGGCCGCCGCUGGAGGAUUUAGAUCGCGGAUUGGAUGCGAUACAGAGGGUGUUGAAGAAGGCUAAGAAGGAGGGUAUGCAGGCGUUUGGGCAGGGGUAUAAGAAGAGCUUGGAUGAGUCGUAUACCCCCAGUACUGCCAGCACGGAAGGCAAGGGUGACUUCCAGCUGCAAGUGCCCCCGCAGACGGCGCAUGCUGCUGAUCACGUAUAG